AGGCGGCAUUCGCUGUUGAAGUUGAUGUUGAAGUUGUGCGUUUUCGCGAGCGAGCUGUUAGACGGAACUUACGGAAGUUUUUAUUACUACUUAUUAUUAUUAUUAUAACAGUCUUAGUACUUUUCUUAACAGUUACUUUACGAUGUAAAAGCGUCGCUAUGGUGACGUGUGGCGUCUUUUCCACGCGCAGUUUAUAUCCUAAAUCCAGACGCUUUUUCUAACUAGGAAAGCUAAUUUUGUGCUAACGGCUGACGGACGGUUGGACACUGAGACACUGAGGGGACACACUGUUAUUGGACGCUGAGGUGCUGGACACUGAGGUGAGACACUGAGUUAUUGGACACUGAGGGGAUACACUGAGAUUGGACACUGAGGUGAAACACAGAUUGGACACUGAGAUUGGACACAGCAGGUUUUAGGUCUGAGGAAGCUUCUGUUUCUGGUUGAAGGAGCUUGUGUGAGAUGGAUGUGGAGCUUCACUGAUCAUCAAACGAGCGUCAGCGUGUGGUGAAAAUGGUGAAAAUGUUCCAGAUGAAAGGGCUCUGCACUCGCUCCUCCUUCUACUUCGGCUUCCUGGUGGGCACAUGUUCUCUUUACAUGAUCCUGCAGCGGGGGUGGUACUCGCAGAACUUUUAUCCACAAUCCGAUGACACGGCCCUGAGGAGGCUGGAGGAAGAGCGCAAGAACUGGAGGAAGGAGAGGUCUGCGCUGUUUAACCUCAACCACCCGCACCACAUCGGUGAGGACAGCAGCCUGUCGGAUUCCCUGUACAACCGUGUCCGUAUACUGUGUUGGGUGAUGACGGGUCCCAACAACCUGGAGAAAAAAGCUCGUCACGUGAAGGCCACGUGGAGUCGUCACUGUAACAUCGUGGUGUUCAUGAGCUCAGUCGACGACCCGGACUUCCCCACUGUUGGACUCAACACCAAGGAGGGCCGUGACCAGCUGUACUGGAAGACCAUCAAGGCCUUCCACUAUGUCAUGGAGAAGCACGGUACCGAAGCCGACUGGUUCCUCAAAGCCGACGACGACACAUACACUGUGGUGGACAACCUACGCUGGGUGCUGGCCAACCACUCGCCAGACGAGCCUGUGUACUUCGGACGCCGUUUCAAGCCCUAUAUGAAGCAGGGCUACAUGAGCGGCGGUGCCGGAUACGUGCUGAGCCGUGAGGCACUCAAGAGGUUUGUGGAGGGCUUUCGCACCAAAACGUGCACUCACACAUCCUCUGUGGAGGACCUCGCCCUGGGACAGUGCAUGGAAAAAGUGGGUGUGGCUGCCGGAGAUUCCCGAGACACGCUCCAGAGAGAGACGUUCCAUCCAUUUGUCCCGGAACAGCACCUCACUGCCAAGUUUCCCAAGAGCUUUUGGUACUGGAACUACUGCUACUACCCUAUAGUCGAGGGUCCUCAAUGCUGCUCAGACCUGGCCGUGUCCUUCCACUAUGUGGAUGCUCAGAUGAUGUACCUGCUGGAGUAUUACACCUACCACCUGCGUGCCUUCGGGUAUCGUUACCGCUACCAGCCCCCGGAGCCCAACCCCGUCCCGUCCUCUCAGCAGGAGGACAAACACGACGCCAAGAUACAGGAGGCAGAGAAGCAACCUGAACCUGAACACAACAACAUCUGAACACCUUUUUUUGAGGGGAUUCUGGAAUCCUAAAAUUAUUUGAGUGUUUUCUGUUUUAAUUUAGAGGUGGGGGUGUUUGGGUACCAUGAUUCUGGUAUUAAUGAAGUUACCUUUACUUUAAAAAUGUGGACUGAAUGCUGACAGCUUAAAUAUGUAUAGUGCCUCUCCAGGUGUGUGUGUGUGUGUUUGUUUGAAUGAGUGUGUAUGUCUGUGUGUGUCUGGGUCUCAGUUAUAUGUAGGCUCAUCCACAAUGCCUUCUUAACCUUUUAGCCCAAACGAACACACUCCCCAGUCACAUUCCUUUCCUUUGUGUCUAUUUAAAUUAGAUCUUGUGGGUGAUGUUACACAUGAGCUCAGGUUGUGAUGUCACAAAGUUAUCCACCGAUGACUUCGAGCCAGACUCCUUAAAACACAGGCUUUAUCUCAUUCAGCUAAUGUAUGAGACGGAGGGUAAGCUGUCGUGGUUGUCAUAGUAACGUCCAAACGCAUUCCGAUGAUUGUGAACUAGCAGUGAGCAAACUAGCUAAGUGGAGUCAGAGAUUGUUUAGCUUGGUGACUGGGAUCCAUGAAUAGUCAUGUGUCUUUGUUUCUCUGGUGUUUUCCUGUGAGUUUAAUGUGUUUUUUGUGUUCAUGUUUAUUCCGUGUUAUUAUCCAUUAUUAUACAGAGAGUUUUGGAUCUUUUCGAUCCCCAUCAGCACUUGCAGGAUGACCGGAGCUAGUCGAGGUGCUCGAGCUGCUGUCAUGAGCGUAACAGGAUCGUGGCAUGUUGUUACAGUGUUAUAUUACUGUGAUCAUCUGAGCAGGUGGAAGAAGCGAACCUACUGAACCUGUGCUCCUGCUCCUGCUCUGCUUCUCUACCCCUCAUUAAACUUCAUUUCCUGCAGAUGAAACGUGCACAGUCAUGCUAAUCUUCUCUUCUGCAUGGGUAGCAUGUGGUGAAACGAUAGAUUUGGAGAGAGGAGUGAAAACAUCUCUGUACUGCUUUUUAUUUAUUUUAAUAGAAGUGUUAAAGGUUUAGUAAUUAAUAGAAUAAUACGUUUAAAAAUAUGUGAAUACUUUGCUGUAAGCCACACCCCCUUCUCAGCCACACCCCAUUAUCGGCCACACCCCUUCUUGGCCACACCCCCUCUCAGGUGUCAGGUGUGAGUGGACAAUCUUCCCCAAAGUGUUUGUAUAGAUUUUAUCAUUUUAAUCUUUUAACUUGCUGCUGGUAUAAAACAGUAUAAAAUGAGAUCUGGUCAAUUUUAGGCCUAUUUUAAAGCUCCUGACAUUUCUGUCACAUCUCUACACCAUCCAUCACUCACAGAUCACACGGUUGUUACAUCUGGGACACGUUUAACUGAACACAUCAUGACGACGCAUCAUCUGUCAGUUACAGUGAGUUUGGUGUAGACGUGUUAAGAGAUUAGGUCCGGUGUUUAAAAACAAAUCUAGUUUGUGACCGUGAUGGAGGAGGAUGAAAACUCUGAGAACUUUGUAAUGAACACAUCGUACCCAAGACAUUAAGGCGUGAUUAGUAUACGUACUCUGACUCCCAAUUAACCUUGAAGUGAUUCAUUUUAUUGCUAUGGAAACCAAAUGGGUGAUACUGAGUGGUGAUGAUGAGUACAGUCAGUACACAGUAGCACAGAGUGUUUAUUUUAUUUUUCUAAAGGUUAUUACGUUCUCCUCAAAGUCUUUUGUACUGUUUGCAUAAUCAUUGUAGUUUUGUUUGUUAGUUUAUUGUUUUUUUUUUAAGAACACCGCUGUGCUGAAAUGCUGAGUUUUGAUCUUCUGGCUUUCAUGAAAACGGGAGUAAAGUUAAGGUUUUAUCACUCUGUAUUAAUAUUUUUGUAUAACUAGCGUGUGUGGGUGUGUGUGAGAGAGAGAGUGAGUGAGUGAGUGAGAGAGGAAAAAAGAUCUGUACAGUAAAUUUACAGCAGUCUAUUUAUAGAUUCAGAAUGAAAAUCACGGAGUUACAUAAUAUUUAAUAAAGACGUAUUUUACCAUAA